GGUGGCUGGAAGUGGAGCGAGCAGCAGACGGGAGCGAGUCCAGAGAUGACGCAACGCUGACGUCACGAGCACGGACCGAGGCUAUUAAAUCUAUGCACGCCAACCCCAGAUGAAUUUAGGGGCCCGGCACCUGGACCAUACAGUAAGCCUUGAACUAUUGCACGUUUUGUUUUUGUUUAAGUCGCUCGUUACGUCCUCGAUAUGAGUUAGGUUUUGUUUGGGCUUUUCUAUUUCGCUUCUUUUGUUGUUGUUUUUCCUUUAAAUGUUCCGAAACACCUGGCAUCAGUGACGUUUUUUCAACUACCGUAAUACCUCUAAAACCACGCCAGAAUCUGUUUGGGUCGUGUUACAGUUCAAGUUACACGCUUGACAUAAAGUCGGUAAAAUGAAUGAAGUUUAAAAUUCUUGAGCGCCGUUUGAAGUAAAGAUAACUACGAAAUGUUAAUGAACGCCCCCACGUACAUCCAUGAUGGUAGGUUAGCUUGGUCGUUAGGUCUUGGUUAGGCAUUGAUGAAUGGGGCUGCUUGAGUUAGUUGAAAUCGUUCAGCAAACACGUAGAGUCGAUGUUUCUAAAACAGAGAUUCAAAUCAUACUAGUCUUCAGAAUCGUCAAUCUCACCGAAAGAGUUCAUUCCGUCGCUCUCAACAAAGGGUUCAUUCCGCCCAUCGCACUCACCAGAGAGUUCAUUCCGUCAAUCUCACCAAAGAGUGUUGAAUGAAAAAUUAGUAAAAAGUUUAAAAUACGUUUAAAUUAUAUUUUAAAAAAUAAGAAUAAUUGACAGUUAACUACGAAAAUUUUCGAUUCAAAAAAAAAAAAAAAAAAAAAAAAAAAAAAAUCCCAUUCCGGGAAUUCACUUAUCGCGGUACUGAUUGACCGCGAUCACUGAGGUACGACUGUAUGCAGUAAUGAGCUUUACGAGUCCAAAGAUUGAGAUUCAUUGUCUUUAAGUUUGAACCAGGACCAACACCAUUUGUCAGCGAACAAUUUUGACGUCCCACUGUCUCUCCUCCGUCAAACGGCGGCCUCUAGAAGACAUCCACAGCUGCAGACUAAUUGUACAGGUCCCUCUCGUGAUGGCAUGACAAAAUAGUUUCAGGGCUCGACUUACAAAACGUUAUGAAUUGACGUACGCGACGCACAUUCAUUCGCCGGAAGCUAUACAGUUUUUAAAAAAUCAUCAAGAUCGCAGCAGCAUAUUUAGGCGACUGUCCGAGUGUCCGUCAGCCAGCUUGUUGAUCUUGUACCCGACGUUAUGAAUUGACGUACGCGACGCACAUUCAUUCGCCGGAAGCUAUACAGUUUUUAAAAAAUCAUCAAGAUCGCAGCAGCAUAUUUAGGCGACUGUCCGAGUGUCCGUCAGCCAGCUUGUUGAUCUUGUACCCGACGCAACAGUGUUCUGAAAGUGCUCCCGAAACUUUCUACAACCAUCAGACAAUCGAAGGUAAUGAAAUACAGUCAAAGUAUUAAAAUGUUGAGUUUUCUAUUUGAGUGCUCUGCCUAAGCUGAAAAUUUGUUUUAAAAAAUCUCAAUGUAUGAAUGGUUUUAAUUGAUACAUCAGAGAUUUGGCUUGAUCAGUAACUUGAACUGUGAGAUAUUACGACAUGGCCAUUUAAAAUUACAUUUGAACUGUUUGACAUUAUAAAAAAAAAAAACUAACUGAAAAUAAGUUUAUCAACUUUUCAUCAAAAAUAAUUUAUAAAUAAAUAGUUGGCGGAAAGAGUGGGUGGGUUGGGGAGUGAUAUUCAUAAACUUUUAUCUUUACUUUUUAAAUCUUCCUAUUUCACGUGCAAAACAUGGAAUGGAAGCAUGCGAUAAAGUUUUGUGUGGAGAAAGGCCUACAUUUAAUUUCAACGCCAAUUUUUUUUUUCUCGAUUUAACUACAAUAUGAGGACAUGUCACAUCGACGUGUUCCAUUGCCGCCUUUACAGGUGAUGUAGUUCAAAGGUUGACAGAGUCAAUGUUGCAAUGAGUCUUAAGAUGUAGUUCAAGGGUUGACAGAGUCAAUGUUGCAAUGAGUCUUAAGAUGUCGUUCAAGGGUUGACAGAGUCAAUGUUGCAAUGAGUCUUAAGAUGUAGUUCAAGGGUUGACAGAGUCAAUGUUGCAAUGAGUCUUAAAGCCACAAUCACAUAAACGGUCAAACAUUGACAUGAAGAAAGGGAGAGCUUGCAUUUGUCUAAGAGAGAAUGUCAAUGGCUCUAAAGGAAGCAAUACAAAACCUGAAUUACUUUAAAUUUAGCGAAGUGAUUACACUAAAAUAAACCUUUUAUUUUUGAAACAUGCCAACUUAAUGAAAUUCUAUAACCAAUUCAGAAAAUUCAAAAAAUCUUUCAACUUUUUGACUUUCGAAGCUUUAUUAAAACUAAAAUGAACAACAUUAACAAAAUAAUAAAAUGGUUUUCUUCACGUUGUUCACGUCGGAGCUGUAUAAAGAAGAGUAGCUUUAUACUUUAAAAAAAAGGGGGAAAAAAUUGUUACUUAAAUAAAAACGCUUUAAAAACUAUUUCUUAAAUAGGAGCAGUUAAACGACGGUUACUUGUAUUUAAAUUGGUUUGAGUUAACUAUCCUGUAGAAAUAUUUCUUGAACUGAAAUCUAUAAAUAAUAGCACUAUUCACUUGAUUUAAAAUACUUUUCUUUAUUUAUUGUAACGCUGAAUGCAUCAACGAAAUAAAAAUAAAAACUCCGCAUAGCCACAGUUCUAAAAACAAUGUUAAACGACUCCGCAACCCCUCCCCCCCCCCAAAAAAAAAAAUUGUUUUCGUAUAAAUCCUUUUUAUGCAUUAUGUUUGUUUCCAAAGUCAUCUCCCACAGUAAAUUCUUAUUUUUAAGGGUGGGGCUGAAGAUUUGAGAGAAUGUGUUGUCAUCGGCAACAAGUCUGUGUGCCAAGUUUCAGCUCGAUAGGUAGACGGGACGUUGGUCAAAUUAGCCUUAGCCUUACGAAGGUUUGUGCUCCAAAGAAAAACACAACAAGCGAAGCUAAUAUAAAGGAUUUCAUAACACUGUUUGAUAGCUGCGCUUUAAUAGCAUCGGCGUUGAGAAAUUGUUUUGCAGAAUGCAGUUUUAUUUUAAAGCCUAAUUGUGUGGAGAUGAAAGCUAUUCACUCGUAUGUUUAGAGAACUCCAUUGCAAGUCACUCCAUGUUAUUUCAAUCCAGGUUGUUUCUAUCCCUUAGUUCAAAGUUCAAUCCAUGUUGUUCCAAUCCAUGUUAUUUUAUUUCAUGUUUUUUUUUUAAUCCAUGUCGUGUCUAUCCCUUUAGUUCAAAGUUAAAUUCAUGUUAUUUCAAUCCAUGAUAUUUCAAUCCAUAUUAUUUCAUUCCAUGGUGUUUCUAUCCCUUUAGUUCAAAGUUCAAUCCAUGUUUUUUUUUUCAAUCCAUGUUAUUUCAAUCCACAUUGAUUCGAUCCGUUGGUUAAAACCAUUUUUUUUUCAAUCCAUGUUGAUCAAUCCAUGUUGCCCUACGAGUUUUUAGAAUUCAAGGAUCUGCCUUCUACAAGGACAUUUCUAUAUGAAAAGUACCUAAUAUUUUGACCCGUUGUGAUCGUUCUCUAGACCAGAACUCAGCAAUCCAUUUUUUUCCGCGCGGCACACCCUAAGCCUUUUCGAGAACUCCGCGGCACACCACAAGAAAAACACAAAACACGCACAAAUAAAUUAUAAGUUAUCGCUCUUAAUGGAGUGUACUGUUAAAAGUCGUUCGACUACACUGUACAGUUUAAUAGUAACGUAUGUUUCUUAACUAUUAGGCGUGUUUCGGUUGCCUCAGUGAGCAGCAGCAUUAUAAUGGGCAAACCAAAGCCCAUCUUUACAGAUUUACAUGCCUACAUACUAAUAGCAUACUGUGUGGCUUUACACCCCUUCCAGGCAUUUUGUACGGCACUCCUGGAAAUCAUAUGGCGGCACACUAGUUGCGGAGCUCUGCCAAAGACUCUAGAUGUCGAGAAAAAUAUUGGUCAAAAAUAGUGUUAGAUGCUUAAUUCUAUUGUGCAAUCUAAUUUCAAUUGUGUAGUUUAAAUUGUGUAGUUUAAAUUGUGUAUUCUAAAUGGUGUAUUCUAAAUUGUGUAUUCUAAGUUGUGUAUUCUAAAUUGUGCAUUUUAUAUUGUGUAGUUUCAAAAUAGAAUGACAAUGAGAAUGAUUUAUUUCUAAUGUCUUUCUAAGAAAUAAAACAUCAAAUUUCCAAAAAUGAACGAUCGAGGGGUGGGGGGUGCGACUGACUUAAUUAUUUAAACAUCAACACCAGCUAUCAGUUGUACUGUUCUGUUUGUAGCCGGGGUCCGCAACCUUUUUGUGCAGAGCGCCGCAGGAAAAAAAUAUUAUUAUUACUUUGUAGGACCGCUUGGUAACGUUUAAUAAAAGGCAUUUACAUCAUGAAAUAGGGGAUCCGAAGACUCAUGCUGAGUUCAGUUCGCAAAAAUAUUAUGAAAUUAUUUUUAUUUUUCUGCUAUUAUUAUUACAAGUUUAGCAAUCGUUUACAUUGGGAUUAUUAUUUUUCCAAGUCUGUUACAGAUUAUCUUUCACAAUUGCACUAGCCGUUUUCAAUAUUAAGAAAAAUUACCCCAGCCGGGGCGUACCGACCCAUUCGCCACCCCCCCCCCUACACACACGUUUGGGUAAAUUGUAAAUAAACACGGGAUAUGACAUUUAACAUUAAAUCAACAAAACACGUUUCAGCCGUGAUGUGUCAGUGUCAAGGCCGAGACGCCACAUGAUUCUAUGACACGGAGUCGAGACGCCACGUGAUUCUAUGACACGGAGUCGAGACGCCACAUGAUUCUAUGACACGGAGUGGAGACGCCACAUGAUUCUAUGACACGGAGUCGAGACGCCACAUGAUUCUAUGACACGGAGUCGAGACGCCACAUGAUUCUAUGACACGGAGUGGAGACGCCACAUGAUUCUAUGACACGGAGUCGAGAAGCCACAUGAUUCUAUGACACGGAGUCGAGACGCCACAUGAUUCUAUGACACGGAGUAUUCAUUUCCUAGGUUUUGUGAACAAAUCAGUUCAUUUGAAAAUCCUUUAAACUAAGUUCGCUUCUGUUCUUGGGCGGCUGGCUGGAGAAAUGUUUGGACGGAUAAUUGACCCACUCCCCGGCAACCUAACGAGCUCAAACGUGGCACCUAGACUCGUUGUCGAUGACAACAUAUUCUAUGAAAUCUUCUGUUCCAGCCAGCAACCCCAACCUCCCCACAAAUCUGUUUGUUCCUGUUUUUCAAGGGGAACAUGAAGCGAAAUUACUGAUCACUGUGCAAAAUAAGAUUCUUAUAAUAAAAAAAAAGAUAUCGCCAGUGCGUUUGGUGCGUUAUAUUUUCCUUUGGUUUUUGUAAAUAGUUGGUGAAAUAAAUAUGUGGUGUACAAGUGUCUGAGUCAUUAGAAUAUUACAAUAAUUCAGGGGCGUGAAAAAUGUGCGGUUGCGGGCCCUGUCUAUUGGGGGGGGGGCACUAAUUGGGAUUCUUAUCAAGUGCUUUACGUGUAUGCAUGUUUUGUCUAAUUUUAAGCCCCUAUCCCCUAGGAUUAGUUCGAAAAACUUUGUUUUUUAAAGGGUUGUUUAAUUAGUGCAUUCAAAUCAUUGUGACUUUGCCUUAUAGGCGAGGAGAGAAGUUGGAUUACCUUUGUAUGUUCACAAGCAAAUACAUUUAAGGUUUUUAUUUUCAUGAAUUUUGUUUUACUUCAGACUAGAAAACAAAUAAUUAAAACUUCCUUAUUUGCAUUUAUUGAUACGAAUAAAGUGUUGAGUUUAGCGUCUUUGAAAUAAAAUCCCACCAUUCGUCUCACUCAAAGGCAUGAACUAAUCAAAGUUUAUCAAAUCGAUUCUUUAAGUUUAAACUUAAAGUACUCGUGCUGUAUGCUGUGUGAGGGAAUUUUCGCGAUGCACCCACUCUAAACAGCGAACUACCUGCCCCAAAUUCUAAGUGAGUCUGUCCAGGUUUGAGCCUAUAUCAACGUUAUGUCUUAAUUAAAAAAAAAAAAACUCCAACAAAAACGAAUUGACUUUAUACAGAUUUUCUUGACUUUUUAAAGAAUCUUCCUUUAACAUGAUGCAUUGUUUCUGUUUGUAUGACAUUAUGUAAAGCUAUUCAAUCUGUAUUGAAACUGGGUCUACCAAACCAGCCAUUCAUCAGUCUAGACCAGUAGUUCUCAAAAGGGGUGAUACCGCCUCCAGGGUAGUAAAAUGAUCUCUAGAUGUAAAGAGGAAGGGGGGGGGGGUGGCGUUGGUGGAAUAUACCAGAAAACCUUACUUUAAAAAAAACAACAGAAUUAUAUACAAUUUGAAAAAAAAAUAUUUAUAAUUAUCUAAUCAUUUUUGGCUUUGAACAAAAGUAAUGAAUAGACAUGGGCCAGAGAGUACAAAGGUCAAGAAUAGACAUGGGUCAGGAUACAAAGGUCAUUAAAAGACGUGGGUCAGAGAGUACAAAGGUCAUGAAUAGACAUGGGUCAGAGUGUAUAAAGGUCAUGAAAACACAUGGGUCAGGGUACAAACGUCAUGAAUAGACAUGGGUCAGAGAGAAAUCAAAGGUCAUGACUGGACAUGGGCCUGAGAGUGCAAAAAUCAAAAGUCAUUGCAGGACAUGGGCCUGAGAGUGCAAAUAUCAUGAAAAUACACGAGACAAACAGUACAAAGGGGUACACAGGACAAUAAUAAAUAUUCAUUUAGUACGUUAUAACCAAUCUUCAGGUGUAAUCUCUACAAAAAUAGUGAAUGAACCUUAAAGAGGAGCCGCUGGCAUAUUUUACUACACAUUCACUGGACUUUAAACAAAAAAAAAAUACAUGAAAUCACAGCACUCCAGAGUUUAUAUAUUAUUAUAUGAUAAGUUAGUCUACUUAAAUUAACGGACAACUUCACCGUCAAGGGCAGGUUGUUAACAAUAUUUUGUUUCAUGUUCGUUUCGGUUUGUUUGCUUUUUUAAGCGUCUAAAAUCUUUGACCUUUCAGUGUGUCCUUCAUUACCUACGGGUGUUUGCUAAAAAAAAAAACAACCUGAAUGUUUAUUGGCUGUCGCAAUACGAGUGUGUACGUUACGAAUGUGUACGUCCCGAGUGUUAACGUCACGAGUGUGUACGUCACGAGUGUGUACGUUACGAAUGUGUACUCCCGAGUGUUAACGUCACGAGUGUGUACGUUACGAAUGUGUACGUCCCAAGUGUUAACGUCCCGAGUGUGUACGUCACGAGUGUUUACGUCACGAGUGUUUACGUCACGAGUGUUUACGUCACGAGUGUUUACGUCACGAGUGUUAACGUCACGAGUGUUUACGUCACGAGUGUGUACGUCACGAGUGUGUACGUCACGAGUGUUUACGUCACGAGUGUGUACGUCACGAGUGUGUACGUCACGAGUGUUUACGUCACGAGUGUGUACGUCACGAGUGUGUACGUGACGAGUGUGUACGUCACGAGUGUGUACGUGACGAGUGUGUACGUCACGAGUGUUUACGUCCCGAGUCACGAGAGUUUAAGUCGUAUUUAGAAGCGUUUUUAAACACUGUGGAAUGUUUUAAAAAAGACAAAAGUUCCUUUCGAUACUGACCCCAAAGUCAUCGGGCAAAACUCACCUAUUGCCAGAAAUAUUUGAACGUUUGAAGUAAAGCAAAUUUACGAUUGCUGCUCUGGUGGUAACCUGUUCUGUUGGUCACAUCAUCUAAUUCAACCUUCUUUUGUGACAAAUCAAAUCUGCUGCCACCUUGCUCUGUCUCGUGAUACACUUGUGACAACCUUUGACAUCCUGUUUUAGUGGUAUCCUCCUAUAUAUGGCAAGACCCUUUUAUGCUAGCAACCUGCUUUGCUGAAGCCCUGCUCUGGUGUCAACGGGAUCUUGUAGUGCCCUGAUCAUCUGGUGGCGCCCUGCUCUGGUGAUAGAUAAUGUAACAUAUGCUAUUUUAUUAGGGUGUUGGGUUAGUAGCAUGGUUAACUACUUCUACAUUGAUGGUUCAGGAUGCCGGCUUGUGUAAUGUAAUAUUUCUUAUACUUUUUCCACUCCUUCACUCGAUUAACCGGUCACACAAGAAGUAGAUAUUAAUUUCCAGUUAAUUUCACAGUACUUUAUUACAUCACCUUUCUACAACAAUAAUAAUAAGAAUCCUUGCACACAUAUCCAGGUAAUAAAAUCCAGAAUGCAGUUAUCUCACACAUGUAUAAAUAUAUAAUACUCCAUGGUAUGAUAGAGAAUCCACAUGACAGAAAAUCAAACACGUCUUCACUUCUCUUCGACAUGAGAGAUACGGCUACUGAUCACUCAAUGACGUGAUGCUCACUUCCGCCGUACAAAAUAUAAUUCACCUCCUUUCCCGUGAAAAAUACACGUUAACAUAGUUCAAUAUUCAAAUUAUGCCACCUCCCUGACUCAAUGGUUUCGUGUGCAAACAUGGUCUGUUACAGAUAAUGUGCUCUGUCUUGCCACACACUCUUCUCGUAGCGCCCUGCUAUGGUGUCAACGUGAUCUUGUGUUGCCCUGAAUAUCUGGUGGUGCCCUGUUAUGGUGUCAACGUGAUCUUGUGGUGCCCUGAUUAUCUGGUGGUGCCCUGCUAUGGUGUCAACGUGAUCUUGUGGCACCCUGAUUAUCUGGUGGUGCCCUGCUAUGGUGUCAACGUGAUCUUGUGGUGCCCUGAAUAUCUGGUGGUGCCCCGCUAUGGUGUCAACGUGAUCUUGUGGUGCCCUGAUUAUCUGGUGGUGCCCUGCUAUGAUGUCAACGUGAUCUUGUGGCGCCCUAAUUAUCUGGUGGUGCCCUGCUAUGGUGUCAAAUUGAUCUUGUGGUGCCCUGAUUAUCUGGUGGUGCCCUGCUAUGGUGUCAACGUGAUCUUGUGGUGCCAUGAUUAUCUGGUGGUGUCCUGCUAUGGUGUCAACGUGAUCUUGAGUUGACCUGAUCAUGUGGUGGCGCUCUGCUCAAGUAAUUAUUUGAGUGCUGUUUUGAAAAGGACUUGAAGGAACACUUUCAAAUGUUUUCGCUUGGUGUCAACCCCCGUGAAGGCAAGGUUGCGGCCCACACCCCUAGUGACGCCACUGCUUAAAAAGAUCGUUUGAAAAUUUGAAUAUGGCACAUGCAAUUUUAAUAUCUUCUAUAAUUGAGACUGAAGAUUGAGUGAUAAGUCUAUGUUUAGUUGCAGAUGAAUUUGGUUCAAAUCGGAGCUGAAGGCAGAGCUUAGGCAAACUUAUUUAAAGUUUCAGCUUCAGAUGAAAAUGUUCAUUUCAAUGUGGAAAUGGUCAAAAAGCCUUGUCUUCCAAAGAAAUAUAAUCCAUCUUUAAGAUUGUUGUUGAGUUACCGUGAACCAUCACAUUGAAGAAAUAGUUACACUUGACUGGGUCCCCCCACAGCAUAGAGUUGAGCGAUGUGGAAAUAAGGUGUUAUUCUAAUUACCUAAUUUUAAACCUACUUUAAAAAGCUGCAAUGAUAAUGGAGCAAGCUAAAUACAUUAAAUAGUGAAUUAAUUAAAGUAAAAUACACUUUUUUUAAAGAUCUUAAUUAAAAGUUCAAUAACAUUUAUCUCGUUUACAUUUUAUUGUGUUUUUAUCUUCAUGGCAGUUUUGUGUUACUUUCCAGAAUAAAAAAAAAAUUUUUGGUGUAUCAUUGGGGGAGGGGAGGGGCGGUGGCCGAAGAAAAUUUGAGAACCCCAGGCCUAGACGCGUCUUUGCAGCAAAUGGAGCAUUAAUUUAAAAUGUAUAUAUUGAUUGUCCUUUUGUUAAGGCAUUUUGCAUCUCCAUUUGAAUAUAUAUCCAAUCAAACGUAUGUGGAUACUUCACAUUUGAUAUGUUAAUAUCCCCAGCCUUUGUGUCGUUCUCUUUGUAUACUGUUUUUCAUAAUCCUCUGUUACGUACUGUGCAUUCUAUAUAACGAGGCAAAUCUUAAAACAAAUUACAUUUACAGUACCCUAAAGGUAACAGAUGGUAUGAUACAGAAGGAGAUGGCAUUUUGAUUUUGGAGAAUGAGAUGGUAUGAUAUAGAAGAAGCUGGUAUGAUAUAGAAGGAGAUGGUAUGAUACAGAAGGAGAUGGUAUGACAGAGUAGGAGAUGGUAUGAUGGAAAAGAAUGGUAUCAUAGAGAAGGAGAGAGUACGAUAGAGAAGGAGAUGGUGUCUUAGAGAAGGAGCUGGUAUGAUAGAGAAGGAGAUAGUAUGAUGGAGAAUAAGAUGUUACGAUGGAUAGGCAGAUUGUAUAAAAGAUAAAGAGAUGUUAUGUUAGAGAAGAAGAUGUUAUUGUGACGUGACGUACGUUGUCUAGAGGUCGGUCCCCUGCGUACUAGCCACAGAACAAUUUUUCAAGGGUCUAGAACCCCUUUAUUUCUAGCUCCUACAGAGCUGACUCUUGCUCCAAGUAUCAACAAACAAUUCAGAGACUCAGGUUUUCUUAUUUAUUGGCUAUGUGUGCCUAGCAAUGGAAAACUUUAUUAGAAAUAGGCUCUGGUGUUCAGAAUAAAAAAACUCCACAUGCUAUACAAAACAGUUAAAGUUACACACGUCCUCUUCCAUCCGUAGAAAAACUCACUGCCUUUCACAAGACAAAAAUCAUACACCCUAUCCACAGCACUCGCCACUGUUCACUCCUUAAAAAAAACUCAUCUCACACACGUGGUUCCUCCCGACACAGCACACCGGUCAUACACUCCUAUCCUCACGUGGUUCCUCCCGACACAGCACACCGGUCAUACACUCCUAUCCUCACGUGGUUCCUCCCGACACAGCACACCGGUCAUACACUCCUAUCCUCACGUGGUUCCUCCCGACACAGCACACCGGUCAUACACUCCUAUCCUCACGUGGUUCCUCCCGACACAGCACACCGGUCAUACCUUGACCGAGACGAAUAAAAACCCGUGUGGCACACGGGGAAAAGAAACUCACCCAAAUAAACAUUAUACAAGUUGACACAGACAAACUCACGCGACCUGACCGUCACAGUUAUGAAAGAUAAGGAGAUAAGGAGCUGGUAUGAUAGAUAAGGAUAUGGUAUGAUAGAGGAAGAGAUAUUAUGCUGUACAAAGAAAUAGUAUGAUAGAGAAGGAGAUGCUAUGAUAGAAAAGGAGAUAGUAUGAUACAGAAGGAGGUGGUAUGAUAGAAAGGGAGGUGGUAUGAUAGAGAAUGAGGUGAUAUGAUAGAGGAGAUGAUAUGAUAGAGAAAGAGAUAGUAUGAUAGAGGAGACGGUAUGCUACAGAAGGAGAUGGUAUGAAAUAAGAAGACUACAUUUCGUUACACAAAGUAUUUAUAACAAAAAUAAGUUUUAAGAAAGGAGAAGGAAAGAAAACUCGUACAGUCUUCCUAUUCACAAGGCAUUUGGAAUGGGAUCAAAUGAAUAUGAUCAGAAGAACAGUUGGGUCAUGAAUGAUCUGAAGUGCAAUAUUCCUAAAUGCUCAAAUAGUUAUAGCUUCUUACCAGAAUUCACUAUCGGAAAAAUAAAUAUAAUCACACCACCAAUCUUAAUGACAUCUUGCACACAUACCGCUCUGACAAUAAUAAUAUUGAUUAAAUAGAUGCACAUACCACUUUAACAGCAGAUUUUUUUUAUAUCCAGUUCAUAUACCCCUCUAAAAAUAAUACUCUUGAUGACAUCCAGCCCAAAUACUUCUCUGACAAUUAUGACUUUUUACAAAGUGUGUUUCUUCAGGCUCUUGUCAUUUAAACAGCUGUUCAAUUUUUUGACCUGGGUUUUCUCGAAUAUCUCAUAAAGCCAUUACUCAUUUAAUGCCAUGCAUUGUAUUUAUUGGUGAACCUAGAUCGCCAAGUUGUGGACAGCUGCAGGUUGAGGGGGGGGCCGCUUUUGGGGAUUAAUAAUAUACAAUUAAAUAAAUAAAGAAUGUGCAUGCGUUAGCCGAUUUCCCUUUUUGGGAUUUCUCUUCAGGCGGAUGUCAUCAUCCAUGUGACGUACAUUGAAUAAAUGUAUGCUGUGUUCGCCACGCACAGACAAUAAUUAACCGAUUGGGUUGGUAUUUCCAUAAACUCCUUUUAGACAGCAGUGUACGAAUAGCUUGAUGCCAACACUUUGGCAGGCAAAGUGGUCAGUUGGAGCGUGUGUUCCACAAUUGAAAUAUGUCCCAAUUCAAAUAGCGAUCAGUUUGAAGAGGGGGGAGAGGAGGGUUAUUGAUAAUAGUUGAAGGAGAAAUCGGAAUCGAAACUGCUCUGCUACUACACGAUUUCUAAAAUUUAAAAAAAAAAUUUAAAAAACACCUUUAUUGUCCGACCUCUGUUGGCUGAAAUCAUGUAAGGUCAGUUUUCUACAUAUCCUAAUCAAAAGUCCUAUUGAGAACCUAGGGCGUGUACUCUCGAAGACGAAUAUGGGAGUUGUUUCCUAGGAGUUUCAGAGAAGAUCAUGUUCGGAUACGAGACUAUAAUGUGCCACCCUUUGUUAUUGAGCUAGUGCGGUGCAUAUAUUUGUAUCCAAAGAAAUAAUUCUUUUUUAGCGUAUGCGGAUUAUCAACCGUGAUGUGUGCUUAAUUCGAGACUCAUGCGCCGGACUACGUUCUGAUUAUGAUCAAAACUAUGAAACCCAGUUCUUUUGGUCAAAAUGAUGAGACUUAGUUCUAAUAGUCACAAUUAUAAUACCAAGUUUUAUUAGUCAAAAUAAUGAGUCCUAGUUCUAUUGGUAAAUUGAUAUGUGCAGUGUACAUAGAAGUUUUUCAUAUUCUUUUCAAACUAGAGUCCGGCCUCGGAAUGUGUCUGAGGCGCGCUAAUCCCGCCCCUUGUUUUAAAAAGUUUGAGUACCCUUGCUCCAAUCUUAGAGGACGACCGUGACGUUUUCAUAUGACGUUUUCAUAUGACGUUUUCAUAUGACGUCCGUUUUCUGUUUUUUUUUUCUUUCCUUUUUUUCUUUUGACCAUCGAUUUAAAAAACAAAUAAAAGCGCUCAAUUGACGUCAUAUGCAAGGGCUGGGGUUUAAAUUUACACGCUGUCCUGUUCUUUACGUUCUUCCACUCUCUCAAACGGAGACAAGCAACGGGGGGGGGGGGGUCGACCUUGUAAAUUCUCCUCUUAUUCCCGUGCUUCUAUCUGCAAUAUUUCAUGUGCCGAAAAGCGUUCUUCGCCUUUGGUCUCAGUAAGGUCGGAGGGGCGAAUAGAUUAAACCGUUCACCGUCCAGUUUGCCCGGCAUGGCAACGAAAGCAGUUUGGCCGAUAAAGAGCGGAAGUGCUUUGAAUUGAAAGCAUUUAGAGCGAGCUGGGAAAACCAAAAGAAACAAAAAAACUUGGUUUAAAAAAAGGGGGGGAGGGUAUUUUUCUCCCGCUAAUAGGCUUCCUUUACGACGACGGUUAGUUGCCAAAGUUUUUUUUUUUUCUUUUUCUGACUUCUUCCAAUUUUCCGUUGUGUCAACAACAAUAAAACAGCCGCCCACGCGAAUAUUUGCAUAUUGCAGUGGUCCUCAACGCUUCGCUGAUUGAGGGACCUCGGCUCGUACAUGUUCUUCAGAGAUGUGAUACAAAUAGCAUUGUGAUUGAAAAAAAGGCGGGGGGGGGGGGAUUGGCGCACUCAAUUGCUAAUAUUCACAGUGUUAGCCAUACAAGAGAAGAAGGUCGAAAUCUACAAUGAUGCCAAAAAGUUCUAAGGAUUUCUUACAGUACCAUUUUGGAACCGCUUAAGUGUUGCAUUCAUAAAUCAAUGUUAGUUGCUACUUCAGUGUUGUUAUCGUUAAUGCAACACAUUUCAUGUCUGCAUAAUUUGUUGUAUUGAUUGCAGGGGCGGCGUCCCUGCAGGAACACGUGGGAACGGCGUUCCUGUCAUUUAUUUUUGUAGUUUAUCUUUUAAAGUAAUAAAUACAAAUGUAUUUUGAUUGUGGAGAAUCAGGGGUCCGCUCUCUACCACCCCGUCCCACAGGCGUUUGACUCCUUAUCGAUUGUAAAAAUUGUUCUACAGAAAAUUGUCUUAUCUUUUUUAAAAAUUGUUAUGAAUUAAAUACUCAUAAGUAAUAAUUGUUUUAUAUGAUGCAGGAAACUAUUGUGGAAAGUUGUUGCUUGUUUGUUUUUGUGUGUUUUUGUGUGUUUUGUGUGUGUGUGUAUGUAAAGCUGGUCAGUUUUGAAGGAGCUUCUAUAUUUUUCUAAUGUAUUUUAAAAUAGUUGGAUUGUCGACCCAAUUAUUUAAUAGUUUCAAUAUCACGAUGUGCAGUUAAAAAUAAAGCAAAGGUAAACCAUGAGGCUAAAAACGGUAACGGUGUCGCUGCGUUAAAAAGGAACUCUGUACUCAGACCGGGGUUAGUCCAGUCACGAUCAAUUAACCGUGUUUUGACAUCCCCAUCAGGUGAACGAGUUUUGACAUGCCCAUCAGGUGAACGAGUUUCGACAUGCCCAUCAGGUGAACGAGUUUUGACAUGCCCAUCAGGUGAACGAGUUUUGACAUGCCCAUCAGGUGAACGAGUUUUGACAUGCCCAUCAGGUGAACGAGUUUUGACAUGCCCAUCAGGUGAACGAGUUUUGACAUGCCCAUCAGGUGAACGAGUUUUGACAUGCCCAUCAGGUGAACGAGUUUCGACAUGCCCAUCAGGUGAACGAGUUUUGACAUGCCCAUCAGGUGAACGAGUUUUGACAUGCCCAUCAGGUGAACGAGUUCCCAUCAGGUGAACGAGUUUUGACAUGCCCAUCAGGUGAACGAGUUUCGACAUGCCCAUCAGGUGAACGAGUUUUGACAUGCCCAUCAGGUGAACGAGUUUUGACAUGCCCAUCAGGUGAACGAGUUCCAACAUCCCCUUCAGCUUGACCAGGGUGUUAUUUAGAAGACGCGUUCACGUCAUAUAUCCCUCGUGUUGUGAACUCUGGCAGACGCUGCGUUAGUAUUGGGCGUGGCUUAUUCCCUUUGAUCUUGUUUACCACAAAACAAUCUAUCACCUGUUUUUCUUGACUCGCAUGCGGAAGAAAAUGGAAGUAAAUUGUACAAUGUUCGAGUCACUAAUACAAUGCGUAAUACGACUGGAAUUUUCUGUAGAACAGACUAUAAAAAGCAAAGAGAGCAUUAUUUUUGGACGAUAAUUUUUUUUUCUUUACGGGGCUAGCAUUUAAUUUUGUAGCGUGUUAUUCCUGAUAGAGCUGUGUCUACUUACAUGUGUGAAUUCCUUUCAUCGUUGUACCUUUGUUUGGCAAAUUGUAAUUUUCGUCCACUUUUUUACCGGUACAAGAAACACAAUACUCUGUUAUGUUCUGUAAGUUAAUGAUUUUAAGUAUAUUUCUUUUAUUUUGUAAUUCGUUACUAACUUAAUAAAACUUUUUAAUUGCAGUUAGCACUGUUUUGAGUGUCGUAUUCUCUGUUCCUGUUUUUUAUCAUUUGGUAUCGUCUUGUUAUGCGCUGUUUUGGAACGAGCCAUACAUGUAAAUAGGAGAUUAAUUUCUCUCUACGGAGAGCAGUGCGUAGCAAGGGUGUCCACACUUGACCAGACUGAUUUAUGGAGUGACGUCAUGCCGUCCGUUGCAUCAUUUUUGAGUAGGCUUAAUCUGCUCUAGACCACGCACUAUACGAUUUUACGAUGCAUUUAUGAGAACGUGUAGUUUGUGUGGGUUUUUUAAUGUGACGCCAUCAACACUUAAUGGCCCAUGUAACAUUUUUUGACCCCUGGAAUACCUUAUAAUUUAAAAAAAAACAAAACAAAUCUUCCAUAACACAUUAUAAUGAUAGAACUGAAACUACAAUUCGGUGACUUUCAAACUCUGGGAAAUAUUAAGUUUCAUGUGCAUUAUAUUAUUCUAAACGAGUUAAAUUGAGUUUUUGAAUUAAAUUUAAUUCAAAAGAUUACAAAACAUUAGAACCCUUUCAUUUAUGACAGGAUUGGACAACCUUGAGUCCUUUAAUCUACCAUUUUCGCCCUAAAACUUUAAGAGACAACGAAAUUUUCGCUCACAUUAAAAAAAAAAUAUUAAAUAAUAUAAUUGGGUGGGCCAAUAAAAGUGAGAACAUUUCGUAACGUAAUAUUUUACAAGAUGUUCUCACUUUUUUUGGCCCACCCUGUAUAUAUUUAAUGAAAAAAAAUUACGGUUGGUGUCCAAUCCUAUGAAAGGGUUUAAAAACUUUUGCUAAUAUUAUAUUUAACAUUUAAGAAAUAGGAACUCAAGACUGAAAACGCUUUUGUGCAAUUUUUAAAGUUUAAUUUGAAUUUAUUUAACUUUAAAUUUUGUAUUUCUCUUCUCAGAAUUGAUUCCACUCUUCUGACAACAUGGAUGCACGUGUGGCCCGGCUGGGGCAACAGCUAAGAUUGCAGUUCCCAACAUUCCAUCACCUCACAGAGUCUUGGACAUGGCUGCUCACCUUCUUAUGCUGCGUCACCACUCUACCUCACCUGCCCGGGGUCCAAGCGGAAGAUGCCCCACACGCCUGGCUACCGGAGCCACAUUCACACUUGCCUUCCCGCAGAAAAGCUGAGUGUCAGCUCAACACCUCAAACUUGAAACUAUUAUCGUUUCUUCGGGACUGCCACCCGUCGGAUCAACACGGUAUGACAUUCGAGGAGUUUGAAGUAGCCUCACGUGACAGAAAAGACCGGUCAGCGUCUCCGGUGAAAGUUCUAAAAAUAAUACAAAGCUGGGCAGAAAAGAACCGAAGGCAAGACUUUGAUUCCUCGGUGUAUUCCACUCGUAAAAUUUCGUUUGAUGUGCCCCGCUCUUCACAAGAUCAUUUAGCUGAUACUAUAAGUAAGAGAGAUAUAAGGGCGUAUGAUAAAAAAGUAUUUGUUUUCGGGAAAGACGACAGACUGAAGAUAUACCCGGCCAUGAUGCGGAAAUUUCCUUACUCGAACAUUGUUCGCCUUUCUACCGGAUGCACCGGGACUCUGGUGACUCCACUACACGUGCUCACAGCAGCUCACUGCGUUCACACGGGAGUGGACUUUCGCAGUAAGCUGGAGAUGCUCAAAGUUGAGGUGCCCAUCAGUAUUGGGUUCCGGGUCUACUACAUAGAGAAGAUCAGCAUUCCCAGCAGAUGGCUGUACCCCAGGAGCAACCACGAACACCGCCUGUCGUGGGACUAUGCCGUGAUCAGGCUCAGCUACGGCGUGCACGACCGGAACAAUUUCUUCCCCUUGGAGGUGCCGACGCCGUCCGUGCUGAACCAAAACCUGCAGUUCCUGGGCUUCCCCACCAACGACAACAGCCUGUGGAUGUCCGUCUGCCCGGCUAGAGCCAACAAGGCCAUGGUCGACUGGAAUCUCAUACUGACGCGGUGCGACUCGGCCGUGGGGAACUCCGGUGCCGCUGUGCUUUCAGACGAUUCCAGACAAGGUAAAAAGAUCAUUGGCGUUUUAUCCAGCACGAUGCCCGUGGGGCGCAUGCCCUACUACACGCCCUUCAGUAUCAUCACCGCCCUGACGUGGGCGAAGCUUGACGACAUUUGCACAGAAAUCGGUGAGAUCGGCGUCUUCUACAACGUGUGCCCGCCUCCAGAAACCAUCCCCAAACCGAGGAGGACGAACCCCAGUAAUAAUGUGAUUCCAUUUUUCGGAUGACUGGUGAAAUGUUUUACCAAAAACAGAAUGCUGAAUUGUCUCAAAACUAGGGGGAAAAAAAGGAAAACAUAUUUGUAUAUAUAAAGGCUUUUUACUACGGACAGUUUGUGGAAUGCUUAAAAUAAGCUAAACAAUUUUUUUUUGAAAAACUCAUUCUACCCCAGGUUUUAGGAAAUUUCCUUUAAAAAUAAUUUAUUUAUGUGAGGCAGGAAAUUAAAAUAUUUCUUGUAAAAUUUAGUAAUGUUCAUAAAUUAUUAUUAUUACUACCUUUUUUUUUUGGAACGAUGAAUUUUGUAGGCCAUAAAAAAAAAAUUAAAAAAAAAUUAAGACCCGUUAAAACUAUGGUUACGUCACACCAUUUCUCACGUCUCACGUUGAAGUUUGCACUACUGAACCACGCUUGAUUUGAAAUGGAAUUUUCGGAAGAAGCAUCAAAGACUCAGACGACACAACGUGAGAACAGAGUAUACCGCUCAUCUUAAAUUAAACUGACCAGAUACAAAAAUGGAAACGCCCUUGGUGACAUGACUUCGCCAGUGAACACAGAGUGCAAGAAAGUUCAUGAAAUCAAAAAGGGGGAAUGUUAUUGUCGUCUUUAUGAAUGCUAAUUAAAUCAGUUCGCAGGCCAUGUCAAUGCAAUUCUCAAAAUCGAUUUGCUUCUUCACAAUUAAGCAUUUGCACGGUGAACAUAGCUACCCCCCCCCCUUUUUUCGGCCAACAACUGAAGCACUAUUUUGCGUAGAUUUUAUAGAGCUACUGCAAUCAUUACAAAUAUUUAGC